CCAAAAAAAUAUUCUCUCUUCGUUUUUGUGCGUUUCGGGUUUAGAAGUUAGAUGACUCUGUUUCCGUUAUCCAUGGGUGGCUCAGCCAAGGAUGUGCAAUCCAAGAAGGAGCUUGAUAGCGUGGUUCACAGUGGUUCACCCGUUGUACUGCACUUCAGGGCUUCGAGGUGUGAGGCUUCGAAGCACAUAGACGAGGUCUUUGCCCACCUCUCUACUGAUUUCCCUCAUGCCCAUUUCUUAAGGGUAGAAGUUGAAGAACAGCCUGAGAUAUCUGAGGCUUAUUCGGUUUCUGAUGUGCCGUACUUUGCCUUUGUGAAGGAUGGAAAAGUCUUUGAUACAUUAAAAGGUGCAGAUCCAUCUAGUUUGGCCAAUAAAAUUGCUAGGGUUGCUGGGUCAGUUAGGCCUGAAGAACCUGCUGCUCCUGCCAGCCUUGAGACAGUCCAAAAGUUAGCAAAAGAAAACGAAUCUUUCCACAAGCAAGAGCAAACUCAAGCACAAAAUGUCCUUAAUGAUCCCUUGAAAAGGCGUCUGAAGCAGUUGAUUGAUUCUAAUCGACUCAUGCUUUUCAUGAAAGGAACCCCUGAGGAGCCCAAAUGUAAAGUUAGCCAAAUUGCCGUUGACGUGUUGAGGGAGGAGAAGAUCAAAUUUGGAAGUUUCGAUGUUCUUUCGGACAAUGAAGUCAUGGAGGGGAUACAGAAGUAUUCUAACUGGCCAACAAUACCGCAGCUAUACUACAAAGGGAAGCUUGGUGGUUGGUGUCACAUAGCAAUUUUAAUGCGUCGUAGUGGUGAAUUAGAAUAAGUUUCCACAGUUGAGAUAAAUAAUUUAUGAAUGAUCAACAAUGAAAUUGUUGGUUAGAAAUUAGAAUAACACAACUGAACACCUGUAGACUGAAUUUUUGUAUUAUGUAAUCAGCUUGUGAAAUUGCUUCUUUAGACAAUUUGGCCCCUUAAGAUUGUGUUUUAAGUCUUUGAUGCUGUCCGAGAGUUUAAUGGUUUGAACUU